UUUCUGUCAAUCUCACAAAUCUGUUAUCUAUAAAAAAAGAGCAUUAAGAAUAUCGGGAACACCUUGUAUACUACCUGGUAUCAUUUUAAGUUAAAAUAUUUCCUUUUUCCUUAAAUUGUUUAAAAUAUUGUAUCUCAUGAAUUUAUUUAGGUACUUCGUAGAAGAAAAGUUUGGUUCAAAAUUUGUUGAAUCCAGAUCUCCACCUUUUCAUAAAUCCUUUGAAGAAACUAGUUCAAUCACGCCUAUAUUUUUCAUUCUCUCUCCAGGCGUUGAUCCGUUGAAGGACGUUGAAAAACUGAGAAUGCAAUUGAGUUUCACUUUUGGAGGAAGAAAUUUCCAUAAUGUGUCACUGGAUCAAGGUCAAGAACCCAUUGCUGAAGAAACCAUAGAACUUUCAGAGAACGAAGGCCACUGGGUAAGUUUGCAAAAUGUCCAUUUGGUGAGGAAAUGGUUGCCUGCAUUAGAAAAAAAGAUGGAACAAUGCUCGAAGAAUCCACAUGAUGAUUAUCGAUUGUUCAUCAGAGCGGAACCCAGUCCUGAUCGUCAUGAAUCAAUAACACCUCAGGGUAUACUGAAAUCAGCCAUAAAGAUCACAAACGAACCACCAUCUGAAAUUCAAGCAAACAUCCAUAAAGCAUAAACAUCCAUAACUUUAGCCAGCAAACUUUGGAGUCCUGCGGCAAGGAAACCGAAUUCAAAGCAAUAGUAUUCGCACUUUGUUAUUAUCACGCUGUACUUGCAGAACGUAGAAAAUUUGGAGCGCAAGAAUGAAAUAGGAUCAUUUCUUGGUCUUCUCCGGGAGACGACCCCCACUACGCUCGGAUCACGCCAGCGUUUGCGCCUAUGAUCACAUAUGCCGCAUUCUUUUGAAACAGGCAGCCGAAAUCAACGUUUCUGGAAGUCGCUGCUUGGAUGCGCUCGUCGAUACACUGUAUGUCCCUCGUCCGGAAGACAAGGCGAUCCGCCUGCGACAUUGUAUGACCGCGAGCGACGGCCAGAAACACGACCUAUGCUAAAACCUCGCAGCAUAACAGAACGUACAUCUCCCUCUUUUCGAUACUAUAUAAAUAUGAUAUUAGCAAUGAUUUUCGGCAAUUUUUUCAAACAACACUUUCCGUAGAAUAAUUUUCUGAUUAGUACAAUGUGAUUUAUUCUCAUUCAAAAUAUGUUUAAACAAAUUUAUAUAAUUAUAAUAAGCUUAUAAGUUAUAUACUAAAUUUACACAUAUAUGUAUGUUCAAAAAACCAUUUUCUUUAGUGUCCUAUCCAUUCAACUUCGAUGAUCUAGCAAUCAGCGUAUCUGUAUUAUUUAAUUAGCUGGAAAAUAGUAUCAAAGUACCUUGGGAGGAUCUUCGUUACUUAUUUGGAGAAAUAAUGUAUGGAGGCCACAUAACAGAUGAUUGGGAUAGAAGACUAUGCAAGACAUAUUUAGUAGAAUAUUUGAAAACGAAAUUAGUUGAAGGUAUAUAUGGUAAUUCACAAUUAUAUUUCCAACAUAUUCGGUAUAUUAAAUCUUUUUAAAUACAAUUUUUUCUAUAAAAUUUUAAGUUUGUACAUUCUUUAUUGGUCUCUUCUUACAAUAAUCAAAACUUUUUAAUAGUGAAACAAAAUAUGAUUUAUAUCAAUGUAUUUGCUUUAGGGAUGCAUAUAAUUCUUUACUAUUUAAUGAUUACUAUUCGUUUUCUUUUUUUAUUUUGUAUAUAUUUGAGGUGUUGGUAGUACGUGUAGAGUGCCAAAGAAAUACUCGGCGUUUUGUUUAACGGUAUAUUUAUUCUCGCUUAACGGCUUUGUUACAAGUUUCGACUCGCGACUUGAGCGAACGACAAUUUGUUCACGUUUCUCGAUUUCGACUGCUCAACCACGCUUCUCGGUCACUACUCAUCUCUCAAUCCAUUUCGUUUCUUUUUGUCACCUCUCAAUAUCGAUGGCUCAUCAGGCCUGUCGACACUUACGCUUCGUCGCGAUCUUGCUUAUGUUUUGUCGGUCUCUCGUAAACAGUCU